AGCUUGCUUUGGUAAUAGGUGCCCAGGUGGAGCUGCUGCUUGUAUGGACCUGUGUCUUGAGACAGAAGGGCAGCCUCUCUGGGGAGCACUUGAACGGGUCCCCAGAUCUGACACAUCAAGAUUAAGACUUGAAAAUUUGGAGCUGAGUGAUAAGAAAGGGUGAAGAGACAACUCUGUCCCUUGGAAAAGAGGGAUGUUUAUUGAAGAGUCAACUCAGAGACCUUGUGGCCUUAGGCAUGGAAUACCUUAUCCUGCUCUCCAAAGCACUUCCCUGCAGGUACUAAAUUGGAGGAAAUUCCUUCCAGAGCUCAAGCCCAGAAGGCUGACAAUGCUGUUGAUGGCAGUAUACUGAGUCAGCACAACCUUAGCCACGGCAACAUGCUUCUGAAGAGUGGGUCCAGCUGUGUUAAACUAUACACUGGUGCUUUAUGGGGCCAAGGCAGAUUAGACCAUGCAGAGUUGAGCAGCCUGGGAUGAACUGAGACAGGAGUUCUCCUGCUAAGAUAGGAGCAAAAUAUUCAGGACCCAUGUUACAGGAUCCAGAAGAGAAAGGCUACACUGUGCUUUGCUUUGUGUUCCUUGGGGCAGUGGCCUGAAGAAGAUAAGACAUCGGCAUGAUGUCAGGAAAGCAACAACCAAAGAGGAAGCAAAGAGGAAGACAAAGCCAAAACUCCAAGCAAAGUGAACAGGAAGAUCCAUUUAUGAAAGGCCCUGUGAGAACACGGUGAGAAGGCAGCCAUCUACAAACCAGGAAGAAAGCCCUCACCAGACCCUGCUAGGACCUUGAUUUGAACUUUCCAGCAUCUAGAACUGUGAGGAGUCAGGCUUUGAGCCCACAGUAGUCUUGCCUUUAACUACCUUAGAAGAACUCCUAAAGGGAUUCGAACAGUGUGAUGGUGAUACCAAAGCUGCAGAACAUUCUAGCGAUGAGGAGAAACUGGAGGAGGUUCCAAACUGAAAAUCUGAAAGAUGUUGUGAUUAAAUUUGAACCUGACACAUCACAUUUCCCUGAGCAUCAAGAUGACAUUGCAUCAGCCAGAGAUGGAUGUGAAGAUUACUGUGGAGUCAGUGAGGCGCCAUAGUGUGGAAACAAGAGUGAGCUCCAGACUCUGACAGACCUGGGAAACCUGGAUGCUUUUUGCCAUUCUGAUGGUGAAUGAUGAGACAGGCAACCAUGGAUUUCAGCACUCCAUCUGUGUUUGAUCAGCAAAAAGGUGACUCAUCUGAGGAAGUCAACCUGACCAUGGUUUAUCAGGCAGCUUCUAAUGGAGAUGUCAAUGCUCUGACUUCAGUAAUUCGGGAAGACCCUUCCAUCCUAGAAUGCUGUGACAGUGAAGGAUGUACACCCUUGAUGCAUGCAGUUUCUGGACGUCAAGUGGACACAGUGAAGCUAUUGUUGAAGAUGGGGGCCAAUAUUAACAUGCAGGAUGCUUAUGGUCGCACAAGUCUAUGCCUGGCAACCUAUUUGGGUUGGCUGGAAGGCUGUGUGAGUCUGCUUAGAAAUGGUGCCAAGCACAAUAUUCCAGAUAAAAAUGGCCGUCUGCCACUGCACGCUGCCACUGCUGAGCCCGAUGUGAGGCUCCUAACAGUCUUGGUGCAACAGUCAAAUCUCAGCGAGAUUAAUCACCAGGACAAUGAGGGAAUGACACCACUCCACUGGGCAGCUUUCCACAACCGGCCUCAACACACUCAAAUGCUGCUGAAGAAGGGAGCAGACCCUACUCUUGUGGAUAAAGACUUUAAAACAGCUCUCCACUGGGCAGUCCAGAGUGGAAACAGAACCCUGUGCUCCAUCAUCCUGAGCCACCACCAGGGUCCGUCCAUCAUCAACUACGACGACGAGAGUGGGAAGACAUGCGCGCACAUUGCCGCAGCCGCGGGCUUCAGUGACAUCAUUAAUGAGCUGGCCAGAGUGCCUGAGUGUAACCUGCAGGCUCUGGAUGUGGACGACAGGACCCCGCUGCACUGGGCUGCAGCUGCAGGGAAGGCAGACUGUGUCCAGUCACUGCUGGAGCUGGGCAUGGACAGCAACCUGCGAGACACCAAGGAGAGCACGCCCCUGGCCUACGCCCUGUACUGCGGCCACGCGGCCUGCAUCAGACUCCUCUCCCAGGAGAGCAGAACAGAGCCUACUCGACCCCUUCCUUCCCAGAACAGUAGACCCCAGAAGAAGGAGGGACGAUUUAGCAUGCUCAACCAAAUCUUCUGCAAAAACAAAAAAGAAGAGCAGAGGGCCUAUCACAAAGAUCACAGCAGGGACCGACACAGGGGGGAGCACACCUCGGAAGUCGAUGACAUCAUCACCACCUUUGACAGCAUCGUGGAGACCAACUGCCAAGACGAGCCUGGUGAUCAGGUGGCUAUGAUCGACUUUAAGAAGAGGACCUUGGAGACUUCAAAAUAUCUCUUGCCAGAAAAGAAGCCUCUGGCCCAUAAGGGGCUUCCACCAAUCAGAACGCAGAGUCUCCCACCCAUCACCCUGGGCAAUAAGUUCCUGAUGGCUUCCCAGGGGGCCACUUCCCAAGCUGGCCUGAGCUCCGGUACUCAUCAGAUGGCCCAGCGAUCUCAGAAAAGCCGAAGCGAGCAGGACUUACUGCACAACAGAACUGGCUGCCAGACAUUGCUAGAUAACCCCUGGAGAGGUGAUUCUAACCAGGUGUUCUGUAAGGCUUGGACCGUGCCUUCUUCCGAUAAGCUGCUAGACAGAUUGCUCACCAGCAGGUCUGGUCAGCAGGAGGUCUUGGGGCUGCCCCAUCUUCCUCACCUACACAAUCCUUCAUCAGGACAAAAUUUUCAGCAUUUCUCCCCAAACAGAGCCCAGAUCAGGGACCUUCCUAUCACUCGGAACAACCUAGCUCCCCUGCCAGACCAAAAAUUUCUAUCUGGAGGACCUCUGCGGACCAACCGAGUGCUUCCUGCUAUUCCAAGCCAGCGGGGACACAACGCAGCAGCCGAAGACAGUGAAAGCCUGGCCAAUCCCGCCACUGACGAAAAUUAACUGUGCGUCCCUGGUUGUAAAAAUAGAGAUUAUAUAUAUUUUCAACCGUCAAAGGAUGAGAUUACUCUAGUUUGUGAAAACAAAGACUGAUUUAGUAAAUUGCGUUCUAGAAGCCAUUCACAGUUUUAUAACAUUCCAAUGAUAUUUCCCAAAUAAGCGCUUGGAAUCUUUGUAUAUAUAUUUUAAGUCUGUGAGUUUCUGUGAUAUCUCCAUGCCAAAAUAAAAAUCACAAUAUGUUAUCAGUAGGGAAACUUUGCUAUGUUUGGUUUGCAUUGUGGUAUCAGCAGAUUUUUUUUUUUCCUGAAUGAUUUUGUUUUAAAAAUGUAUGCUUUGCUGAAUAAAAAACAACAG